GCCCGCGGGGGUCGUCUCCUGCGCAGCCGCAGCGGCGGCGCCAAUCACCGGGCGCAUCACGUCCUCUCGCGACGGUACAGUUGUACGUUCGUGACGUCGGCGGUUGCCGUGGAGAGACCCGCUCGGUCCCGACCGAGAGCUGGCGUCAGGAGCCGCAGGGUCACAGCGUGUCUUUGAAGCUGCCUCCGCCGCCACCAUGAGCGGCCGAAGUCGGGGUCGAAAGUCCUCCCGCGCCAAAAACCGGGGCAAAGGCCGCGCCAAAGCCCGAGUCCGCCCUGCUCCGGACGACGCCCCGCGCGACCCGGACCCUUCACAGUACCAGAGUCUCGGGGAAGACACCCAGGCGGCACAGGUGCAGGCUGGCGCGGGGUGGGGUGGCCUGGAAGCCGCUGCGUCCGCGCAGCUCCUCCGGCUCGGGGAGGAGGCCGCCUGCCGGCUCCCCCUGGACUGUGGCCUCGCGCUGCGGGCCCGAGCUGCGGGGGACCACGGGCAGGCCGCGGCCAGGCCCGGCCCGGGGAAGGCCGCAUCUCUCUCGGAGCGCCUGGCCGCAGACACUGUCUUCGUGGGAACAGCGGGAACUGUGGGAAGGCCGAAAAAUGCCCCCCGCGUUGGAAACCGGCGUGGCCCUGCCGUGAAGAAGGCCCCAGAAACCUGUAGCACCGCGGGGAGGGGGCCUCAGGUCAUAGCUGGUGGGAGGCAGAAGAAAGGGGCGGCAGGAGAGAAUACCUCGGUGUCAGCUGGGGAGGAAAAGAAGGAAGAGAGGGUUGCAGGGUCGGGGCCCCCAGCGACGGAAGGCAGCAUGGAUACGCUGGAGAACGUGCAGCUGAAGCUGGAGAACAUGAACGCCCAGGCGGACAGGGCCUACCUUCGGCUCUCCAGGAAGUUUGGGCAGUUGCGACUGCAGCACUUGGAGCGCAGGAACCACCUCAUCCAAAAUAUCCCGGGCUUCUGGGGGCAAGCAUUUCAGAACCACCCCCAGCUAGCAUCCUUUCUGAAUAGCCAAGAGAAAGAGGUACUGAGCUACUUAAACAGCUUGGAAGUGGAAGAGCUCGGCCUUGCCAGAUUGGGCUACAAAAUCAAGUUCUACUUCAAUCGCAACCCGUAUUUCCAAAAUAAGGUGCUCAUCAAGGAAUAUGGGUGUGGUCCUUCUGGCCAGGUGGUGUCUCGUUCUACUCCAAUCCAGUGGCUCCCAGGGCAUGAUCUCCCGUCCCUAAGCCAGGGAAACCCAGAAAACAACCGUAGUUUCUUUGGGUGGUUUUCAAACCACAGCUCCAUUGAGUCUGACAAGAUUGUGGAGAUAAUCAACGAAGAAUUGUGGCCCAAUCCCUUGCAGUUCUACCUUUUGAGUGAAGGGGCUCGUGUAGAGAAAGGAAAGGAAAAAGAAGGCAGGCAAGGUCCAGGAAAGCAGCCAAUGGAGACUACUCAGCCUGGGGUGAGCCAAUCCAACUGAUCCUGCACAAGUCUCCCUGCUACCUCCUGCUGGGCUGCUCCUGGUUGACUACAUAUUUGGCUCUCUGCCUUCCCUUCAUGUUGGCCUCUGUGUACUAUAGACCCUUUGGACUUUAGUUACAAGAAUAUGGCAUUUAUGAUCAUGUUCUUUUGCCUCCCAUAGCCUCUUGCUUUUCUACGUUAGUGUCACAUGUUAUGUGAUCGCACCCGGACUGUUCAUAUGUUAAGCACACAUACUUUAGAUGUGUGCUGCCUGUUAUCUACAUUGCCUGGACCUUGUUCUUGGCUCUGGCCUUUCCUACUUGUCUUUAACAUGGACACUCAUGAGUCAUCCUCCAGGACGACCAGUGCAUCCUCAAGCUCUGCUCCUUCAGGGCCAGUGACUUGCUGGGCUUCGUGUUCAUGCUGGCCAUGCAUGUCAUCUAUGCAAGCGUUUCCAUUGCCACUGCAGAAUGAAGCCAGUGCACAUGGUAUUAGUCAUCAGCCAGAACUUCCUGUUCUGUGGGUCUGGGGUCACCAGCUAAGAUGUCAACCUGCUUUAUUUCUGGCUUUGGCCUGUGGUCUGUGAUACCCAUCCUGCUUGAUGUUCUGCAGAAUGGCACUUGACUGCUGGGCAUGCAUGAAGUUAAGGGCAAGAAACAGUAUGCCAUGUGUUCUGUACCAUCAUGUGUCUCUUCUUGCUUCUGGGCCCUUCUACUGGUGAACUUUCAUCAAGAUCUGCGCCAUGCCGUGUCACUAUCAAGCCAUUAAGUUUUGUCUGGGUUGCUGUCAGCCCCAGUUGGCUUCCUGGUCAACAAGGACUUCAAGAACUGCCUGUGGACCGAGGCCCCCUACCAGUGCAUGAGACACACACCUACCCUCCCCAGCUUUCCAGGAACCCUACUGGCUGCCAGACUGAUGGGCGGGCUGCUCGGGAAGUAGCUGAGAACUUGGCACUGCGCACACAUACUAGGUUGAAAGAGAGUUGAGGAAACCAGAAGGCCAAGUGGAUCUGCUGGCAAACCCUGAACCUGUCUCCUGCGCUUGCUCUACAGUUCUGAAGUUGAAAAUCCUUUUCAUGCCUAGCAUCUGCUUGAGUUAUAAACCCCAAGGCAGCCAUGUCAUAGACUAGUGUUUACUCUUGUUUUGACUUUGUUUUAAUGCUUCCUAAGACCCAAGUGCCUCCUGCUGUUUCCUCCUUUGUGGUAGCCUCUGGCCAUCUGGACCUCAAUCCCCAGCUUUCCCACUUUCAGCAGUCCUUUGCUCUCUUUGCUUCUACCUCAAAUAGCCCCAGGAGUGGGCUUUAGUCUCCAAUAUGGAGCAUCUCAAGCUUCUCCUGGGGGAUGGGGAUUGGGAUGGGCAGAAUCUGUUUUGGAUCUCCGGGUUAUUUCCAGUGGGUGUAAAAGCAGAGCUGGGCCUUUCCCUCUCUUAUCCCUGAGGGUGGGUAAGAAGGACUGUAUCUACACCUGUUCUUCCCUACCUUCUCUUUUGUUAGGGACGCCUCAUUCUAAGUUCCUCAAGAGAGUCCUUGACUUAAAGCUGUAGCAAGGGUGUGCUAGGUGGGGGAUUUGGAGCAAAACCGUCGAGUAGGCAUGAUACUGGUAUGGAGUGGGCCUGCAAAAUCAGACAGAAAUGGCUUGAGAAGCCGCAGGGGGAGCAUGCCUGUCUCUCAGUGAUAGAGUAUGGGAGGGACCUCCCUAGCUUGGAAAAUGAGAAUUGAAGGGGUUAUGAACAAAUAGGAUGCCUAGUUGAGGAUGUUCCCAAAGUUUUGUCCAAUCUUAUCAUUAGUAGAUUUUAUAAGCCACAGAGACAAACCAGAAACGGAAUAAUGUUACUUUGGAUGCUUUAUUUUUUUGUUCUAGGUGUGGCUUUGUACAUGCAGAAGAAUGCUAUAUGCUGCACAUUUUGCCUUUAAAGUCUUACGACUUUCCCCAUUUUAGUCUAAUGGGAAGAUACAGAUGUGCAAGUCUGCUUUUUUGUUUUUUGUUAUUUAUUUAUUUUUUUUUUGCUCUGUGUUAUGGACAUUUUCAGACAUGCACAGAAGUGGAGAGGAUGGUCCUUGGACCCCAUGUGUCCAUCACCUAGCUGCAUCACUUAUCAGUUAUGGUCAACCUGGUUUCAUUUGUAUCUCUCUCUUUUCACCUGUAUUGUUUAUUGAAAAUCCAAGACACCAUGCCAAUGCAACCGUGACUACUUUGGGAGAUUGGUAGUCUCUUUUGAUGGUGAUAGUGAUGGGGUGCACUAUCAUAAUCACAUCAGGUCUGCUUUUUGCUUUUAAUGUUAACUAAUGAAGUUCCAGAGAUGGGCCUUAGAAAUGUGUUUUAAGAAUUAACAAGGAGUCUCAAAAAGAAAUGAGAGGGAUGCUUCCCUUUCCCUUGCAUCUACAAAACAAGAGAGAGACUGUUCUGUUGUAAAACUCUUUCAAAAAUUCUGAUAUGAUAAGGUACUUGAGACCCUUCACCAGAAUGUCAGUCUUUUUUUUCUGUGUAACAUGGAAACUUGUGUGACCAUUAGCAUUGUUAUCAGCUUGUACUGGUCUCAUAACUCUGGUUUUGGAAGAAUAAUUUGGAAAUUGUUGCUGUGUUCUGUGAAAAUAACCUCCCCAAAAUAAUUAGUAACUGGUUGUUCUGCUUGGUAAUUUGACACCCUGUUAAUAACGCAAUUAUUUCUGUGUUCUUAAACAGUAUAAAUAGUUGUAAGUUUGCAUGCAUGAUGGAAAAAUAAAAACCUGUAUCUCUGUUA